AUGGUUUCAGUAGGUAAGCCUUCAUACCAGAGACUAAGAAAUUAUGAAGAUGAUGAAGGAUUGUUCUACGGCAAAACAUUAAAAAGAGAAGUGAGAAAAGCAAAGGCGUGGCUUAAAUUUAAUGCUCUAGCUGGGAGGAGAAGACCAAGGCUUCGAAUUGCUGGAUUGAGGAGAUUCUUCAGAAAGAGAGCAAAGUUCGUGUCUCGAGUCCGAGUCUCCUGGCGCAAAGCAUUGAAGAGGUUGAAGGAUGGGCAGAGUCACUGGAAUGAUCUUUUUGGGAGCAAUUUUCUGUUCAUGCAGGGUAAUCCUACUCCUUUCGGAUGCAGUACUCACAAGAUGAAACCUUACAUGGGUUUUGGCCUUCAAGAAUUACCAACAACAUAUUCUGUUGGUAGGAUCGCCUGA